AUGGAUGAUUCUGGCGAGGACUAUGGAAACUACUCUUAUGAAUACGUCAUGGAGUACGGUGACUUGGAGGAACUUGAAGUAGAGCACAAGCAGAGGGAAACUAUACACAUUAUCUCAGUGGUCAUUUACAUUAUUUCCUUGGUGCUUGGUCUGAUUGGAAAUGGAACUGUGAUUUGGGUGACAGCAUUUAAAAGCAAAAAGACAGUCAACAGUAUCUGGUUGCUCAAUCUAGCCAUGGCAGACUUUGUAUUUUUGCUUUUUCUACCCUUCUACAUUGAUUACAUACUGCAGGACUUCCACUGGGGCUUUGGUGUGGCCAUGUGUAAGCUUAACUCUUUUGUGUCUGUGAUGAACAUGUACGCCAGUGUGCUCUUUCUCACUGUGCUCAGCAUAGACAGAUAUGUUUCUCUGGUCCACCUCAACUGGUCUCAGAGGUAUCGCACUUUAGAGAGGGCCUGGAUCAUGUGUGGUUGCAUAUGGAUGCUAGCCGCCAUCCUGAGCCUGCCUGCACUGAUUUUUCGUGACACCAUGCGCUUUCACAACAAGGUGCUGUGCUUCAACAACUUCCAUACCCACGAUGGACACACAGCAGCCAUGAGGCACAUUACAAUAGUGGUCAUUCGUACCACUGUGGGAUUCCUUUUGCCUUUUACUGCUAUAUGUGUGACGGGCAUCCUUCUGACAUUCAAAGUAAAUCAGUCUGGGGGCUCAGUUCGCGUGUCCAGCUUCUCCAAAACAGUCUCGGCGGUAAUUUUGGCCUUCUUUUUAUGCUGGGCACCUUUUCAUGCUUUUAGUUUGAUGGAGCUAACCAUACAUUCCUCAGUAUACCUACACAACAUACUGAAAACUGGUUUUCCACUUGCCAUCAGCUUUGGCUUUUUUAACAGCUGCAUUAACCCCCUGCUGUAUAUGCUCCUGGGCAAAAAGGUGCGUCAUAUCCUGAAGCGUGCAUGCCUCAAUAUAACUAAGAGUUCACUGAGAGAGCUCAGCCAGUCAAUCUCUGCCACUGAAAUGGAGUCUGUUGCAGGAGUUCACCAAGACAGUGUCCCAGAGCAGUAUGUGGAGUCAUCAUCUCUAUGAUUACAACCAUCUUCAGACUGUAGUAGUUGUCCAUGAAAAGUACAAGGGUAAGACUGGUUAUUACUUAAACCUAAAUGUGGGUGAUUAUCAUGGUUGUUCUUUCCAGCUGUAGUGUAAAGAUUUUUCUAUUUUGUUUCAUUUGGACAGAGUUAUGUGUAAUUACACUGAAUGGAAAAGCUGAGCAGUACUCUGCAUAAUGUGCACAUUGAGUUAGUCUUUUUUCCAUUUAUUUUUUCAUUUGCAUAACCCAAGAGAUUUCCAGAGAUAGAGGCAAGAUGCAAUUAAAAGCUGAAACACUUGACUGUGUUUUGGACUGUUGCUCUGAAAUUAUGAUGGACAUUUUUUGACUAUUCUCUGUAAUUUUGUAGACAAAGAACAACAGACAGAUUAAUCAAUGCUUAUAUUAAAUACAUAUGAAGUACUUUACAGAUUUAGUUUUUGAAGCACAGCAUCUUAGGUUCUUAAAGAUGACACAUGCUGCAUGUAUCACUGUAGUCUAACAUUAUUAUAUUUUUAUACAGUUUUAUACUGGCUGCUACUCGCCUAUUAAUGUAUAUUAAGAUAUUUAAACUAGCUGAGAGUUGUAUAAAUAUUUUAUUGUAAUAUAGUCCAAGUAAACAGCACAUCCAGUAUCUUAAUAAAUGUCUUCUUCUGAA